UCUUACGGCUAUCGCUCUGGAAAGUGAUUCGAUCUGGAUUAACUCCCAAGCUAAUGCUCUUGUUGCUCUAGGCUGUCUUGUAAAGUGUUUGGGUUGUUUGUGUCGAGUCAAGGCUACUUUGGACAAAAAGCCUGGGCGGGCGGGAUCCCAGGCUCUAGAGUUUGGGGGUAUCAAUCGAGUACGUUUCGUGUGAUUGAUCUAUCUUCUCUGCCGUGUGCGCACUUCUGCUACUGUAUCUAUUCGCUAUGGCCGGAAACAGUGAAGAUAAAGUGUCUACAUCCUGGCUUUCGAAAGAGCCUGUCGUGAUCCGAUGGAAGCCGCGAGAUACGGAUGGUUUUGCAAGUCUUGGCUAUCAAAUGCCGUCUUCUUGGAAAGCAGAUCCUAUGCUUUGGCUGGGGCUUUCUACCGCGCCCAACGGCGAAAGACUUGCACAGAUCUGGUGCAAAUGUCCCAUCAGAGUUGAGAGCGAGCCGACUAUAGGAAGCUCUAUCAAGCUCAUCUACAACAUUGAACCUAAAAAUAUCCGAGAUUUCAAAAUUGAGCAGUGCUCGUCGACCAUUACAGCGGAAGUGCAGGCUGGAAUGAGAAACAGUUCCACAUCCACCGGAAAUUUGGUGCAUCUACAGUUUGACCUCAAGCAACCGGGUAGUGUCGCAAUGCCUGCGGCGUCCAAGUCAGCAUUUCCGCCAGCAAGACAAAGCGAUCAUGAUGUCGUGCAAGCUUUGAAGUCACUGUCCGAAGCCACUCGCAUUCACAUGUACUUCAAAGUUAAGAACGGCGAGUACGACAGCUCUCAGCAGCUGAGUCGGGCCAAGUUGGAAGCUCUUCGCACGGCUUGGCUGUCUGGUGAGCUCGGGUCAACCGACAAACUCAAUGUUACCUACCAAUCUAAAGGUCAUCUUGAAAAUGCCUGGGAAAUCUUUGACCCUCCCGUGUACGAUGAUGCUACCGCUGCAAGACCUGAAAAUAAGCGCAAGGUGAAUUCCUCAGGAACCCAGAAGGAGGAUCUAUCAGAGGGUUCUGCAGUCGGUGUGCAGGAUGAUAAAAGGGAAGGGACUGAAGUUCGCCCUUUGAAAAGAUCUAGGACUGAAGACGAUCCUGAAAAAGUUAUCCCUAAGUUUAGGGAUCCACUUCUCACUGCAACUUGGCUGCAGCUUGCCCAGGAGAUUUCAAAAGACCAACUUGAGCUGCUUCGACACAUGAAAGAGUUCUUCGACUGGGUAAGAGACGGUAUAUCUGAAGGCUUCGUCAAUUUAUUCACGAGACCGGCUCAGCUAGGCUCGAUAUAUGGCGAUCGAGCUGCGAUGAUAACCGCCGACCUUUUGACUCUCGGAUACCACGCCCGCACAGGAGACAAAAGCGCCUUCCGCGAUACGUUUGCUAAAUGCCGCGUAGACCUCCCUUUUUACUGCGGCGGCUUGAGCUGGGCCCGGUACAGCGAUCGGAGCAGAACGGCAUCUGCGCUGUAUGACGAGAUGAUGAGUUGGAGCAAGUGGACAUUGGAAAUUGAGACGCAUCCAGAAAAGUCGAUGUUUGGGUUUUUUGAGCUGGGUCAGUUCGCGCGGGAAGCGGACUGGAUGAACUUUGACGACUUGCUGCAUACUUGCUUGGCCACUUUCUUCUUUCGAGUUGGUAGAAUGCCGUCGUAGCCGCGUUGGUAUGUAUUUGUUGGCUGCUGUCCCGAUGCCUGAUCGACUUUGUCAUGACUGUUUUCGUCACGC